GUCUUAGCGUGUCCAGUCGUGUGGAAAAGAGGCCCUUUUUUUUUCUGUACCCUUCCGUUUCUUUUUGAUCCAUAUUAUUCGUCUAGAAGCACGCAUAAGUACGUUGAGAGAGGGCUUCGGGACGAACGCCGAGAAGGCCGAAGUUGGAACAUCGUGCAGACUUUCCCUUCUGGUCAAGCUGUCUAUUCAUCUAUUCUAUCUAUUCUAUCUAUCUACCUGUUCCUCGAUUCUUCACUAUUCUUCAUAUUAUUAUUCUUGUUCUCAUUAUUAACUAUUCUUAUUAGUUAUUCUUCUCCUCUAGUCAGUAGCUAACUAUCCAACUGACUUAAUGGACAUUCUCGCAUAAAGCAGGAUGCCAUGCGUCGAGUCGUCGUGACGGGUCUCGGUGCGGUGACGCCUCUGGGCGUGGGAAUCCGUCGCACGUGGAAACGCCUACUCGACGGCCAUUGUGGCAUCGUCAACGUCAAAGACAGACAUCCGCGCUUCGCGGAGAUACCAUGUCAGAUCGCCGCCGCUGUGCCGCAGGGCUCCAGGAAGGAUGGAGGAUGGACCGCUUCCGAGUGGUUGAGCAGAGAGGAGGAGCGGAAAAUGGCCCGGUUCGCGCAAUAUGCCAUGGCCGCUACCGAGGAAGCCCUCGAAGAUGCCGCCUGGAUGCCAACCUCGCUGCAGCAGAAGGAAGAUACGGGUGUCUGUCUUGGUUCAGGUAUAGGAAACUUUGACGAGAUUUAUGAUACGAUACUAUCAUAUGACAAGGGUGGAUACAAGAAAGUGUCUCCCUUAUUUGUCCCAAAGUUGCUGAUCAACCUGGGUGCUGGUCACAUAUCGAUGAGAUAUGGCUUCAUGGGCCCUAACCAUUCCGUGACCACUGCUUGUACGACUGGAGCGCAUUCUGUGGGCGAUGCGUCCCGUUUCAUUGCUUGCGGCGAUGCUGAUGUCAUGAUUGCCGGUGGUGCUGAAUCGUGCAUUCAUCCACUGGCACUGGGAGGCUUUGCCAGAGCCAGGAGUCUGACGACGGGGUUUAAUGAUUCACCUGAAAAGGCUUCAAGACCUUUUGACGCGGAUCGUCAGGGAUUCGUCGUAGGUGAAGGAGCAGCUGUUAUGGUCUUGGAGGAACUGGAACAUGCUAAAGCUCGAGGAGCCCAUAUCUACGCUGAAUUAACUGGGUAUGGCUGCUCCGGAGAUGCACACCACAUAACGGCCCCGAAGGAAGACGGCGAGGGCGCUUUCACGGCCAUGAAAAAGGCCCUGAGGAGUGCGAAACUAUCGCCUUCCGAUGUGGACUAUGUCAACGCGCACGCUACCUCUACGAAGAUCGGAGAUGCCGCCGAGAACGCAGCUAUCAAGAGACUCCUACUUGGUCCAGGAGGAAAACGAAAACCUUCCGAGAUCAACGUCAGCAGCACAAAAGGUGCUAUCGGACAUUUACUCGGAGGUGCAGGGGCUAUCGAGGCCGUAUUUUCUGUUCUCGCCAUUCACGAGAACGUAAUGCCCCCAACAAUCAACCUGGAAAACCGAACGGAGGAGUUUGACUGCAACUAUGCGCCGGGAGCUGCCCAGGAGCGAACUAUCGAUGUUGCGCUUACCAACAGUUUUGGAUUCGGAGGAACGAAUAGCACGCUCUGCUUUGCCAGGUAUCGAAUGUAACAUUAAUGUACUCUACAAUAACUACAAGAUCGAUAGUUAAGUUAUGCAUUAGCUUAAGUAAUCCAUAUUCAUUCAAUUCAUCGAACGUCAGGAUUUGGUAAUAAUUAUACCUGAUAG